AUGAGGCAGGCUAUUUUACGGACUAACACUGAUUUGUACGAAAGACAGAUUUUGGAACUUCGCCAAAGACUCUUAUAUGCUGAAAAAGAAAACAAAAAAAGAUCACAUGUGCUGAAUGAUAUCCUGACUGACAUCAAACAAGUCAUUGGUGAGCUGACUAAGAGUUCAGUAAAUGUUACAGGUUUGUCUUCUGUGAAGUGGAAAGCGUUCAACCUCACCAACAAGCUCCCAUUACACCUAACGAAUAUCCGCUACUAUUUGCCUCAUCUGCAGGAGCAUGAAGACAGAAUUAAUCCAAAUAUCAUAAUUGGACAAGGAAGGGCUGGGGUAUCUUUAGUAAUGGGUAUUCCAACAGUGCGAAGACGAAAACACAAUUAUUUGAUGAACACGUUGAAUUCUCUUUUCUAUGAAAUGUCUGAAGAACAGAAGAACAAUUGUGUGGUAGUUGUCUUUGUAGCAGAGGUGGAUUCAGAAUAUAUUAACAGCACUGCUGAAAGCAUCAGAAAGAACUUCCCAAAUGAGGUACUCUCUGGAAUUCUUGAGGUUAUUGCUCCCCCUGCUUUCUAUUAUCCUGAGUUUUCUAAUCUGAAAGAAACGUUUGGGGACUCAAAGGAAAGAGUAAGGUGGCGAACAAAACAGAAUUUGGAUUAUAGCUUCUUAAUGCUGUAUGCCCAACCAAAGGGAAGAUUUUAUUUACAGCUUGAAGAUGAUAUCAUAGCCGGGCCUGAAUAUAUACAAAUAAUAAAUGACUUUGCCAAACAACAGGAGUCCCAGGAGUGGAUGAUCCUGGAAUUUUCUCAGCUUGGGUUUAUUGGAAAAUUAUUUCGGUGUAGAGAUUUACCACUGAUAGUGGAUUUUUUUUUGAUGUUCUACAAAGAUAAGCCAAUUGACUGGCUUCUAGACCAUUUGCUUGGGGUUAAAGUUUGCAAUCCAGAAAAAGAUGCAAGACACUGUGAAAGGCAAAAGGACUCUUUGCGUAUCCGUUAUAAGCCAUCUCUCUUUCAACAUGUAGGACUUCAUUCCUCUUUAGCUGGAAAAAUACAAUAUUUGAAAGACAAAGAUUUUUUCAGAAACUCACUGUUUAAGGCACAUGCCAAUCCUCCUGCAAAAGUGUCUACAAGCCUAAAAGCAUUCAAGCACUUUACUCUAGAGAAGGCUUAUAGAGGAGUUGAAUGUUUCUGGGCUUUUGCUCCUGUGGCUGGAGAUUACAUCCUGUUCAGCUUUCAACAGCCAUUGGAAUUAAAAAGUUACUUAUUUCGGAGUGGAAAUCUGGAAUAUCCGGGAGACAAACUGCUAAAUACAACAGUAGAUGUUUUACCUGAUGGUGAGACUGACUUACAGUCUGCAGAAGGAAAAUUGCAGGACUUACAACAUGUAAAAACAUCAGAUGGAUAUUUUCAAAUAGGUACAUUUGAAAAUGGAAAAGCAGAUGGCAUAAUUAGCCCAGCUUUAGGAAGAAUCCAAGCUCUUCGGUUGUCUAUCCAUUCUAGCUCAUCCACAUGGGUGUUACUGAGCGAGAUAUUUUUAAAGACCUGAAGAAGAAGAAAAGACAUGCCUUUAAGAAUAUGGAAGCCUUAAAUGCUGCAUGGGAGGAAGGCCAUCUAGUGGAAGCAAG